GCAUUUUUAGCGUGAAUAUUUAUUAAUUAGAGUGUCUUUGGUCAAGAAAUAAUAUUGUUGUAGCGACAUGAAAAUUCAUUAUUAUAAAAAACCGGGCUCGGAAUAAAAUAUUCUUACUGCAUUGGAGGUUUCAAAAAUCAAGAAGUGGUCUCACCUGCAGCAUUGGCUAAGAUGGAUUCCCUAAAACAGAAGCCCAAUUCCAAGAGCCUUCAAGGAAAAGUAUUUUUGUUGUAUCAGAAGGUUCUGAACGAUGUUUUUGAGACUUUAUGGUCAAAGUUUCAUCCUACAGUCGGUCAAUGUAUCGCAACGGUGUUAAUAUUCUUGGCUGCUGUAACCAUGAAAGGGGAUUGGUUACUGUUAAUCUCCCACUUCAUGCGUCAAUUUUACGACUACAGUAACGAACAACUACAUCCAAGUUGGUUAUCUCAAAUACAGAAUCGAUUUGCAGGACUUCAUCGGUACAUAUUAACAUCCAUUCUGCAAUCGCUUGUGAUGUAUUUCGGACUUUGUGGCUUUUUACAGUGGUACUGGUAUGUCCGCCAAAGGGACACAGCGGAAAAUUGGAAAUGUCAGCCGAAGAAAUUCUUAAGUUGGGAGGAUGAAAAACAUGCUGUGAUUCUAGGAACUGCUUGCAUAACAAUGGGAAGUGUGAUUUCGGGUUUCCUGUCGUGUUGGAUUGCAAAUGGAGGCUACACAGCACUGUACUAUAAAAUAGAAGAUUAUGGUUUUGCCUAUCUUGUAAUAUCUAUACCUUUAACUUACCUCACAAUGGAGUUACUGUUUUACUAUUACCACAGAAUGUUUCAUUUCCCCAUCAUCUACAAGCGCAUCCAUAAAUAUCACCAUCGUUACAAGCAACCAACCGCUUUCUCUUCAACUGCAAUGCACCCAUUGGAGUUCUUUAUUCUACAGACAGCUACAGUGAUACCAAUGUUUCUUUUUCCUAUUCAUUACAUUGUGUACAUAUCUUUAGUAUUAUAUGAAUACUACUACAGCGUUAUUGGACAUUCUGGAAUCAAGAUCGAGUCCAUUUGGCCUUGGCAACCAAGUUCUAUGUUCCAUGAUAACCAUCAUGAGUUCUUUCACGUGAACUUUGGAUUAAACACAAAGUUGUUCGACUAUCUUCAUGAUACCUUGAGGAAAGAAGAUAGAAUUUAUUCGGAAAAUAUAUUUUACGGUCGUGGAAAAGAGUGGAAUGAAGCCACCGAAGAAGAAAAAAAGAACUAUGUUGAAGAACACCAGGACUGAAUUGACAGUUGCUCAGAGGUACAUUUGUACUUGAAUAAGUACUGUGACAAAAAAUUGAUACAGGAUGGUUAAAUCCUUAUUUUGACUAGUUACGUUUAUUGACGUUUAAUGUGAUACUUAUAUUUGAAGUUUCUUUGUAUCCGUAAAGCUUAUUGUUAUGGAUAGUUUGCUUUGAUUUUAAAGACUAAGUUAUAAAGCGUUUUAAAAUUCAUGCUUAGAUGCGGGACAUUUCCACAUGAAUGUGCUAUUAUAGUCUUGUGUACUUUUUAUCACUGUGAUAUACAUGUUUUCAUGUUAGCGUUUUAUUAUCAAAACUUUCUAACGUUUGCAAUUGUUUGUAUGCCUUAGUAUAUGGGGAGCAAAGAAAAAAAAAAGCAUGAAUUGUAGGAAUUAAAAAUGUUACUAUAAAACAACAAAACUGUAGAAAGUCAACUUUUACUGGUGAUUCUUCGGAAACAUUCGGCUUUCUGCUGAUGUCAUUGGUGUGUGAAUGAUCAUAUUCAAUGGCGAAUAUCGACUGUUGCAAAAUAUUUAAAUUUGCUCAGGGAGCGCUGAUUCGCAGCUUAAAAGGCUUUUAAUUUUCUGUACAUGAAGUUCAGAAUGAGUGUACAUGGGUUGUAUGGAAUUGGCAAACGUCCAGUUAAGACGAGUCUAUCUGAAUGAGGAGAAAAAGUAAAAAUUUGAUGCGCGUGUUCCGAGACUCUGCUUAAUUUAGAGGCUAACAUACAUCUGCAAAAGAUGACAUCCCUAAAAACUAAUAGAUGCAUCCAUUUCCGCCCGUAAGCCGGAUGUUUGCCUUUCCAUACAAUCCGUGGUCAGACAUUAUGUUGAAUCCGUGCAAGUGCACGUGUACUGUUUUCUAUCAAUGGCAUUUGAGCAUUGCAAUAAAGUUUUA